CGGCCGGUGGACCUGCCUCGAGCGCCGCUCCUGUCAUUCAUGCCUGAACCAUGUCGCUGCACCUGAAGACGUUUCUGCGGAGAAGCGCGGCUCCACUGUGCGCUCCGCGCCUCUCUCCUGCGGCUCCUGCGGCUCUGGCCUCCCAGCGGCGGCGAAACUAUGCUACGCGGCGUAUCAAGGUGGAGCAGCCGCUGGUGGAGAUGGACGGAGACGAGAUGACUCGCAUCAUCUGGGAGUUCAUCAAAGAGAAGCUGAUCCUGCCCAACGUUAAUGUGCAGCUCAAGUACUUCGACCUGGGUCUGCCUUACCGGGACCAGACUAACGACCAGGUGACCGUCGACUCGGCACUGGCCACGCUGAAGUACAACGUGGCCGUCAAAUGCGCGACCAUCACGCCUGACGAGGCCCGAGUGGAAGAGUUCAAACUCAAGAAGAUGUGGAAGAGUCCCAACGGAACCAUCCGAAACAUCCUGGGCGGAACCGUCUUCCGCGAGCCGAUCCUGUGCCGGAACAUCCCGCGCCUGGUGCCCGGCUGGACGCAGCCCAUCACCAUCGGCAGACACGCCUUCGGAGAUCAGUACAGAGCCACGGACUUCGUGGUGGACCGGCCUGGCAAGUUCAAGAUGGUCUUCUGUCCAGAAGAUGGCAGCGGCCAGAAGGAGUGGGAGGUGUACAGCUUCCCUGGAGGCGGCUGCGGGAUGGGAAUGUACAACACCGACGAGUCCAUCAGCGGCUUCGCUCACAGCUGCUUCCAGUACGCCAUCCAGAAGAAGUGGCCGCUGUACAUGAGCACCAAGAACACCAUCCUCAAGGCCUACGACGGACGCUUCAAGGACAUUUUCCAGGACGUCUUUGAGGCGAAGUACAAAGCCGAGUUUGACAAGCUGAAGAUCUGGUACGAGCACCGGCUCAUCGACGACAUGGUGGCUCAGGUGCUCAAGUCGUCCGGGGGUUUCGUCUGGGCCUGCAAGAACUACGACGGAGACGUGCAGUCCGACAUCCUGGCCCAGGGUUUUGGAUCGCUGGGUCUCAUGACGUCAGUGCUGGUGUGUCCUGACGGCAAAACCAUCGAGGCCGAGGCUGCGCACGGAACCGUCACCAGACACUACCGAGAGCACCAGAGGGGCAAACCCACCAGCACCAACCCCAUCGCCAGUAUCUUCGCCUGGACCCGCGGCCUGGAGCACCGCGGGAAACUCGACGGGAAUCCGGACCUGAUCAGGUUCUCGCAGACGCUGGAGCAGGUGUGCGUGGAGACGGUGGAGAGCGGCGUGAUGACCAAAGACCUGGCGGGCUGCAUCCACGGCUUGGCCGCCUGCAAGCUGGACCAGCACUACGUCAACACCACGGACUUCCUGGACGCCAUCAAGUGCAACCUGGACAGAGCCGUGGGCAACUGAGCCCCGGGUUCUUCCCUCCUGCUCCUGAACCUCUGAAGGUCCGGCGGCUCCAACAUGGCUGAGCUUUCUAUUCAAUCGAAGCUCCUGCUCAACACGAAUGUACAUAUCAGCUUGUUUCUGCAAGAAAUCCUUUAAACUGUUUUUCUUCAGACGCUGCACUGUCAAUCAACACUUUAUUUAUAAGCGAAAUAAAGCAUUUGAUUUAAAAAUGCCUU